UCUCUCUCUGUGUCUGUGCAUCCGCAUCAUCGCCUUUUCGCCGCUGUUGCAGAGAAACCAAAAAAAAAAAAAAAAGCAACUUUAAAGACGACGAGAGAGAGAGAGAGAGAGGGAGAGAGAGAAAGCGGAGAGAAGAGAUUCAGAAUUUCAGAUUAACGAGCCUUAAACAUGCAUUAAAUUGAGAAAGCAAAGAGUUAUCAGAUAACUUCUUGUUUCACUGCCUGAUUAUCCUCGUCUUCCUCCUCUGAUUUCGAUAAUUCAUCGUCUUCUUCUUAUUUUUCUCUCUCUUUUUAUUGAACUUUCUCUUCUCUCUCACGCAUAAGCACGCUUUAUCUUUUAUACAUCUGUUCCUGACUUCCUGAAACCUAUACAUACAUGUAUACACACUCACACAGGCAUAUACAGAUAUAUAUCGAACUCUGAUUCGGACGGCUACGAUCUUCUCGUCCCAAGCAAUCGUACGGCUAGGGCUUCCCUGUCAGCUCUCUCUAUCUACUGAAUAAGUUCCAUAUUUUCAAUACAAGUAGACCAUGGAGCCUAAUGGUCAUAGGAGAGUCAAAAGGAAGGACCAUUUUGGCCAAGAAAAUGGUGAUGUCAGUUUAUCUAGUGUUGGUGAUGAUCUUGACCCAUGGACUGCAUGGGCAUACCAGCCUCGUACCAUUACUUUGUUACUAAUUGGUGCAUGCUUUCUGAUUUGGGCAAGUGGAGCCCUUGAUCCUGAAAGUAGCACAUCUGGUGAUCUAGUAACAUCUGUCAAAAGGGGCGUAUGGGCUAUGAUUGCAGUCUUUCUUGCUUAUUGCCUGCUGCAGGCUCCUUCUACGGUCCUUAUUAGGCCUCAUCCUGCUAUUUGGCGCUUAGUUCAUGGAAUGGCUGUUGUCUACCUGGUUGCACUAACAUUUUUGCUUUUCCAGAAGCGUGAUGAUGCUAGACAAUUUAUGAAGUUCCUACAUCCUGAUCUUGGUGUUGAACUGCCGGAAAGAUCAUAUGGUGCUGACUGUCGCAUUUUUAUUCCUGAUAAUCCAACAAACAGGUUUAAGAAUGUUUAUGAAACGCUUUUUGAUGAAUUUGCUGCUCAUAUCUUUGGAUGGUGGGGAAAGGCAAUUUUAAUACGGAAUCAGCCCCUUUUAUGGGUGCUUUCAGUUGGGUUUGAGUUGUUGGAGUUUACUUUCCGCCACAUGUUGCCAAACUUCAAUGAAUGCUGGUGGGACAGCAUUAUACUUGAUAUUUUAAUAUGCAAUUGGUUUGGUAUUUGGGCUGGAAUGCAUACCGUUAGAUAUUUUGAUGGAAGGACAUAUGAGUGGGUUGGUAUAAGCCGCCAGCCUAAUAUUAUAGGCAAAGUUAAACGGACCUUAGGACAAUUUACACCAGCUCAGUGGGACAAAGAUGAGUGGCACCCCCUUCUUGGCCCAUGGCGUUUUAUACAAGUUCUCAGUCUUUGCAUAAUCUUUUUGACAGUGGAGCUUAAUACAUUCUUCCUGAAGUUCUGCCUUUGGAUUCCUCCCAGAAAUCCUGUGAUUGUGUAUAGGUUGAUAUUGUGGUGGCUUCGCAUCGGAGAUUGGGGAAAAAGAGACGAUGAAUUUGGCGGGUUAGAGGAUCACAGUUUCUUGAAUAGAGCAUUACUCUUGUUAGGUAGUGGGAAAUGCUUCUAA